AUGGGCCUAAAGCUUGUAGAUUCCGAUACUGCGAAGUGUUUCGAAACAACAGUUCGUAGUCAAACGGACAUGCCUAAAUACGACGAUUUUGUUAAGUUCUUACGAGAACAGGUAAAAAUUUUGUAUCGAACCAGCACUUCAUCACAAACUCGUGGCAGUUCCAUGGCACCGCAUCCCAACUCUGGUAGUCGCCCAUCUAGCUCACGGGCUUUAACCGUGCCGCCACGCGUCUUAGUCUCCACGCAGCAGACCCAAGGUCGUACUAGGCCAUGUAAGCUUUGCAACAACACGGCGCAUACGCAUCUCUAUGCAUGUAAACCCUUUGCUAACCUUUCGGCUGCCGACAAAUUUAAAUUCGUUAAGGACAAUCGUUACUGCGUUAAUUGUUUGAGUAACCAACAUACUUCUUUUUAUUGCAACUCAAACACUUCUUGUCGCAAGUGUAAUGCCAGGCAUCACACGUUGCUUCAUUUUGGAAAUGAACCAUUUGCGGCGCAGUCUUGCACCGCCACUGUAGCCGUGAACGAGGAACAUGAUACUAGUGAAAUACUGAGCUCACUAGAACUUGAAGAAGAGUCCUCCUCCGAUCAAGUGCGUGACGGUUAUUUGGCUGGAGAAGGAAAUCCAGAAGUGUCGUAUUGCUCGUUGUCUUCUACAAAAUGCGAUUCAUCAUCAACAACGCAAGUUCUCGCAACCGCAAAGGUUUAUGCCACCGGUCGCGAUGGUCGCGAUGUAAAAGUUAGAUGUUUACUGGAUCCUGGUUCCCAGAAACAUUAUAUUACAACAAAAUGUUGUUCAAAACUACAGCUAAAGGUCGAAUCUAAUUCGCCUGUAACGGUGAAGGGAAUAGGUGGCUCAUCACAGAUAGUCAAGGGGGCGGCAAAUAUUUCUUUUCGAUCUCGAUUCAAUAAUACAAAAUUUAAUAUUCAGGCUCUAGUGUUAAAUCGAAUCACUAGUAAUAUACCAACGUGUAAUAUCGAUACUAGAUUCCUUGAAAAUCUACGUAGUAUUCCCAUGGCGGACGAUGGCUGGGGUAUGCCAGGAGAAAUAGAUUUAUUAAUCGGUGUUAGUCUUUUUGCAGAGAUGCUACGACCUGGUAAAAUUAUCGGGGAACCCGGUUCUCCGGAUGCGCUUGAGACCGUUUUAGGAUACAUCGUUCUAGGAGAUGCUCCAGCGGUUAUCCAGGCUCAAGCCCCAGCAGUCGUAGCUUUUCAUGCUAUUUCAACAUCUGAGGUCGAGACUCUAGUUAGGAAAAUGUGGGAACUCGACGAAAUUGAUCCUAAGCAUAUCUUUAGUGCUGAUGAUAAAAUAUGCGAAGAAAAUUAUAGCAAGACUGUCACGCGUGCUACUUCCGGACGCUACGAAGUAGCAUUACCUUUCAAAUUCAGUCCAGAUCUUCUUGGUAAUUCUUUGGAAGUUGCUGGGCGUAGAUUUUUGCAUUUAGAGCGUAGGUUUACUGCUCAGCCCGCUCUAAGAGAGGCGUACGAUAGUGUAAUCAAGGAUUAUAUAUAUCAAGCUGACGUGAGGCAGAUGUAUCUUAGGAUAGGCGUCCGUAAGCAGGAUCGACGUUUUCAGCGUAUCUUAUAUCGCUUCAGUCGGAAUGACAAUUUAGGAGGUGGUUCAGAUAUUCAAAUUCCAAUAAAAUCAUUAGAAUUCAAUAGAGUAGCCUUUGGACUAAAGUGUAGCCCAUUUUUAGCUCUUCGCACUGUCUCGCAACUAGUACAGGAUGAGGGUCACCGUUUUCCUAUAGGUAAAGAAGUCGUGCAGAGAGAUCUUUACAUGGACGAUAUAGCUAGCUCACUGAUGAAUUCCGAUCGAGCUAUUUCUGCCUUUCAAGAGUUAAUCGGGCUAUUUAAGGCUGGGGGCUUCGAUCUAGUCAAAUGGAGUAGCAAUAGCACAAGGGUACUUGAAUAUAUUCCUGAAGAUUAUCGCUUGUCGCAAAAUGUCGAAUUUCACAAGGACGAUACCUUGAAAAUAUUAGGUCUUUACUGGCGUCCUCAUGAUGAUGAGUUCGCCUUCAAGGGACCUCCUUGGGCCCAUUUACAAAAAACCGAAUGGCCAAUAAAAACAUUUGUGCCAAAGGAAUUUUCCGACGCGCCGGAGCUUAAGUCUAUUUCCCUAGUAAUAAUAAAACCAAUCGAAGAACCUUUUCUUUAUAAGCUAGCACGUAAUUACUCUUCGUGGCAACGGUUCCUUAACGUGGCAAGCUACAUAUACAAGUUUAUAAGGAAGCUACCUCUGGGACCCAUAGUUGAGUCAGAUUUGGAAUUUACGGAAUUAGAAAUUAUGAAGGUAAUACAGUCAAUACAUUUUAGUGAUGACCUUCAACGUUUAGAGAAAGGGGGAUGUCGUUCUCCAUCUAUUAAAAAAUUAAACCCAUUUCUUAAGGAUGGCGUAUUACGCGUAGGUGGCCGUUUGGCAAACUCAGAGGAGAGUUUUGAUUUUAAACAUCCUAUUCUCCUUCCUUGUAAGGAUCAUGUGGUAGACUUGCUCAUACGCUCAUACCACUGCAAAUAUUUACAUACAGGACCAGGGUUGCUAUCUUCUGUACUCCGUGUUAAAUACUGGAUACUAUCUGCUAGACGUGCAAUUAGAGCCAUUAUAUCUAAAUGCAACGUAUGUUUUCGAUCUAAGCCUCAACCUGGGUUCCCUAUGAUGGCUGACCUCCCUGAACCUCGAGUGAGAGCGGUUGUCAAAGCCUUCGUCCAUACUGGAUGCGAUUAUGCCGGCCCAGUCCUAGUAACACCAUAUCGUGGUAAGGGUAUAAAAAGCCGUAAGGCUUACAUCUGCUUGUUUACAUGCCUUACUACACGAGCGGUGCAUAUUGAGCUCGCAAGCGAUCUCAGCACAGCUUGCUUCUUGGCAGCCAUGAAACGAUUCCUAGCUAGACGGGGAUCGGUUCAAUGUUUUUAUACCGAUAACGGAACUAAUUUUAUUGGUGCCCGAUCUUAUCUUCGCGAUUUGUACGCUUUUCUAAAGAAUGAAUAUAAACCAGUGUGGGAAAAGCAGUUAGCAGAAAGUCGUAUCCAAUGGAAACUGAUUCCUCCUAAUGCUCCACACUUCGGUGGUUGCUGGGAAAGUAACAUCAAGUGCAUAAAAACCCAUUUAUAUAGGGUCAUCGGCCAACAAAUUCUAACCUUUGAGGAGCUUCAAACAGUUUUAAGCCAGAUUGAAUCCAUAUUGAAUUCACGACCACUUACAGUUCUCAGCUCUGAUCCUUCAGAUCCAGCAGUUUUGACGCCAGCUCAUUUUUUACAUACCGUCCCGCUUGAUUUCCUGCCAGCACCUGAUAUCGAUGAUUCGAUUCCGCAUCUUCUAACUCGAUAUGAACUCUUAGACAAGUUGGUACAGUCAUUCUGGAUGCGAUGGAGGAGAGAAUAUCUUCAUAGCCUACAAGCCCGCCAGAAGUGGAACUCACCAUCCUUCCCAGUUAAGGAAGGAACGGUUGUUGUAGUAAUACAGGAUAACAUCACGCCCUUACAUUGGCCCUUAGGCAUUAUAACACAAACCUUUAAAGGUAAGGACGACGUUAUACGUGUAGCAAUGGUAAGGACUAAGCACGGUACUUACCAAAGACCAGUGGUUAAAUUGUGUCCAUUACCAACUCAGUAA